AUGCCGCGGCCGGGGAAGAGCUCGUACAGCGACCAAAAACCUCCCUACUCUUACAUCUCGCUGACCGCCAUGGCAAUCCAGCAUUCGGCCGAGAAGAUGCUGCCGCUGAGCGACAUCUACAAGUUCAUCAUGGAGCGCUUCCCCUACUACCGCGAGCACACACAGCGCUGGCAGAACAGCCUGCGCCACAACCUCUCCUUCAACGACUGCUUCAUCAAGAUUCCGCGGAGGCCCGACCAGCCUGGCAAGGGUAGCUUCUGGGCGCUGCACCCUGACUGCGGGGACAUGUUCGAGAACGGCAGCUUCCUGCGGCGUCGCAAGCGCUUCAAGGUGCUGCGGGCCGACCAUACUCACCUGCACGCGGGAAGCACCAAGGGCGCGCCGGGCGCCGGUCCGGGAGGGCACCUUCACCCCCAUCACCACCACCACCCCCACCACCACCACCAUCACCACGCUGCCGCACACCACCACCAUCACCACCACCCAUCCCAGCAGCCGCCGCCGCCCCCGCCGCCGCCGCACAUGGUACACUAUUUCCACCAGCAACCGCCUACUGCUCCGCAGCCGCCUCCACACCUCCCGUCACAGCCCCCGCAGCAACCGCCCCAGCAGUCGCAGCCUCAGCAGCCGUCUCACCCCGGCAAGAUGCAGGAGGCGGCGGCCGUGGCGGCCGCGGCGGCGGCGGCCGCGGCUGCCGCGGUGGGCAGCGUGGGACGUCUGUCUCAGUUCCCACCCUACGGGCUGGGCUCGGCCGCCGCCGCUGCCGCUGCGGCCGCGGCGUCCACAUCAGGCUUCAAGCACCCCUUUGCCAUUGAGAACAUUAUUGGCCGGGACUACAAGGGAGUGCUGCAGGCUGGAGGGCUGCCCUUGGCGUCCGUCAUGCACCACCUGGGCUACCCCGUGCCCGGCCAGCUUGGCAACGUCGUCAGCUCCGUGUGGCCGCACGUUGGCGUCAUGGAUUCGGUGGCCGCCGCCGCGGCCGCCGCAGCCGCAGCCGGAGUCCCUGUAGGCCCGGAGUAUGGGGCUUUCGGAGUCCCGGUCAAGGCCCUGUGCCACUCGGCAAGCCAGAGCCUGCCUGCCGUGCCGGUGCCCAUCAAACCCACGCCUGCGCUGCCGCCCGUGUCCGCGCUGCAGCCGGGGCUCACUGUCCCCGCGGCUUCGCAGCAGCCUCCGGCGCCAUCCACCGUGUGCUCCGCGGCCGCGGCCUCGCCCGUUGCCUCUCUGCUGGAGCCCACAGCCCCUACCGCGGCCGAAAGCAAGGGCGGCUCCUUGCACUCGGUGCUAGUGCACUCCUAG